AUGGGCGGCAAAUCCAAAUUUGAGCUAAAGACCCCCAAGGGCACCAAGGAUUGGGAUGGCAAGGACAUGGUCAUUCGUGACAAAAUCUUCAGCACUAUUACGCAAGUCUUCAAGCGCCACGGCGGCGUCACGAUCGAUACCCCCGUCUUCGAGCUCAAGGAGAUUCUCGCCGGCAAGUAUGGCGAGGACAGCAAGCUCAUUUACGACCUGGCCGACCAGGGCGGCGAGAUUUGCUCUCUGCGAUACGACCUGACGGUGCCCUUUGCCCGUUUCCUCGCCAUGAAUAAGGACAUUACCAACAUCAAGCGCUACCACAUUGCCAAGGUAUACCGCCGCGACCAGCCUGCCAUGACGAAGGGCCGCAUGCGCGAGUUUUACCAGUGCGACUUUGACAUUGCUGGCGUUUACGACCCCAUGCUACCCGAUGCCGAGGUGCUGCGCAUCAUCUGCGAGGUCUUUGAGGGCCUUGGCUGGGACAAGGCCUACACCAUCAAGCUCAACCACCGCAAGAUCCUCGACGGCAUCUUCCAGGUCUGCGGCGUCCCCGAGGACAAGAUUCGCACCAUCUCCUCGGCCGUCGACAAGCUCGACAAGCUGCCCUGGGCCGACGUGCGCAAGGAAAUGACCGAGGAAAAGGGCCUCGACGGCGACAUUGCCGACCGCAUCGGCGAGUGGGUGGUUCACAAGGGCAAGCACGAGCUGCUGGACAAGCUCCGCAACGACCCAAAGCUCUCGGCCAACGCCUCUAUGCAGGCCGGCAUCGCUGACCUGUCGCUGCUAUUUCAAUACCUCGAGGCCUUUGACGUGCUCGAUCGCGUCUCCUUCGACCUCGGCCUCGCCCGUGGCCUCGACUACUACACUGGCCUCAUCUACGAGGUUGUGACAGAGGGCUCGGCGCCCGAGGCCACGCCCGGCGCGGCGGCGGCGGUUGCUGCCCCGGCCCCGAAGAGGAGGGGCAAGGGUGGUGAGGAUGAUGACCGCUCCAAUGACCCGACUGUCGGCGUCGGCAGUGUCGCCGCCGGCGGCCGCUACGAUAACCUGGUGGGCAUGUUCUCCGGCAAGAGCCAAAUUCCUUGCGUCGGCAUCUCCUUUGGCGUCGACCGCAUCUUUUCCAUCACAAAGGCUAGGAUGGCCGCCGACAAAUCGGCCACUCAAGUACGCAACAACGAGGUCGACGUCUACGUCAUGGCAUUCGGUGGCAAGGGCUUUGUCAACGAGCGCCUGUCCGUCUGCGCCAAGCUGUGGGAGGGCGGCAUCAAGGCCGAGUUCCUGUACAAGGUCAAGCCCAAGGUACCGCAACAAUUCAAGGCGGCCGAGGCCAACGGCGUGCCGUUUGCCAUUUUCCUGGGCGACGACGAGGUCGCCCAAGGCAACGUCAAGAUCAAGGAGAUGGGCCUCCGCGACGGCCACCCCGAGAAGGAGGGCGUCCUUGUCAGCCUCGACAACAUGGUCGGCGAGGUCAGGGCCCGACUGGAGCGCAAGAAGGAGCUGGAGCGCAUCGUCCAGCAGGCUGAGGGUCUCCGGGUCGUCGACGGCAUCAAGACGGAGGAUGUUGCCACUACAGAAGACGCGGCGGCGGCGGGUGCGCCCAGCACGACACAAUAG